GCAACUCAUUUCAUGAAAUCGCAGGACGAAGAAAUGCUGCAGAGUUCUGAUUCGUGGAGGAGCGUGCAGCAGAACGGACGCAUGGAUAACGUGGUCACCCGAGGUGCCAACCGCCUAGGGAUUCGGAGCCCCACCGACGACAUGAUGCUGGACGAGCCCAUCGUGCGACUAGGCAGACGCGGUGUUGCGGCCAGGAUGCGCGCCGACACCGACCCGCUCGGGCUACGCUCGGGCAUCGAUCGUGGGACAGCGCGGACGCUUCGUCGAGCGAGCCCUGCUACGGAAGACCAGGGAUUGACACUCGAGGAGCUGCUACAGCAGAAAGCCGAAUCCCGCCGCCAGGAGCGCUUGUCAGAGCAGCGUCAACUGGAGAUAGCGGACACACUUUAUCCUUUCGGCAGAAGACCAGAGUCUAGGAUGGCCAUGGCAUCCGGGAGCAGGAGACCCUCGGCGGCGUCGUCCAUUGAAGAGAUCGAGCGCUACAGUCCGUGGGGCAAAGGAGUCGGUAACCCGUCACCCAACCAGAACUUCAGGCGGCGGUCACGUGAGAGGACCAUCGCCGAGGAGACUGACACAACGGAACAACCAUUCCUUACCGGUGGACACCCGUCCGCAAGAAUUCCAAGGAAAGCCAGGAGCCGAGGCCUGAGUGACGUCACCCUUCAAGAAGAAUACGACACCCAGGACACCUUCCCAUGGGCGAGACACACGGGGCCACCACGCGAGAGGCACGGUGCCUUGGCUGGCAUGUCCUUCAGCGAGAAGAUGGGUUGGUCUACAUCCGACCACAAUCCAAAGAAAACCAAAGAAGAGAAUCGGGAAUACUUGGAGUCCCUGAAGGACGAGAUGGACCACCGGAGGAACAGGCUUCGGGACGAGAUCCUCCAGGAAGCGACCUCUAAUCCCAGCAGCCUGGCCACCGCCAUGCACCAUUCCCUGGUUGGCAAGCCUCCGAUAAGCACGGCACUUCGGCGGCGAACAAGGCACCUGCUGUGACCGUGGCAACGACCUUGAGACAGCACUUCCUUUAGCGACGCCUCAUGGUGUAAAAUGCUGAGACCACAGCAGAGCUUUCUUGUUUGAACACGCAACGUUCUAGCUUUGCUGCCAAUUGGGGUUGCCACCUUUGCCAAGGCAAAACAAAAAACGGCACCGAGAAAAUGAGGAGCGUGAUUUCUUUUUACGUACUACAAUAAA